AUAGGAAUUCCAGAACUAAGAGUUUUUAGGUUAAUGUUGACUAGUGGGUAAUAUGAACCGUUCGAUUUUGUUACAGAACAUCGUGACCGUCCGAUGAGAGACCUAAGACAAAUUACGCAAAAACUCAUUCGCCGUCACGAGGAAGAUGCGAGGUCUAUAUAAUGGACAAAUCUGGUAUAAUGUAAAAUAGGGACUUGACGCAGAUCUUGUUGGGUCUCGAACCUUCCUCUUCGUUUGCAUCAGGAAAGAGCGAGAAUGGCGGGAGGAGGAAACUUUAUUGCGAGAGUGAUCUCAUACGUUGCGAACGAGUUCAUAGUUAAUGGUUUGGCAAACAGCCAUGCUUUCCAGAGAUUUGCUGUGAGGACUUCAAAGAGAAUAGAAAACCUCUCUAAAAUGGCUGCAGAGAACAGGGAGAAAGUCGCUCAGCAAAUGGAAGAAUUUGCCAAGAACAUUGACUCCACGAAGAAACCCUGAUCAUUCUAGUGUGGAAUCUUAAAACCUCAGUAAAUCACAUGGGUCAGCUCAAGUAGGGAGGUCUGUUUAUCUUUGUAUAAAGAAUGUUAAAAAGUAAUAAGCUUGUGGAUUAAACAACCAGUGAUCUUUUGGUGCUGUUUCUCUUCUCUUAAACCCAACUCUUCCGGAGUGACUAACCACUGUAUGAAGGAAUUUCUAUCGUCUUUUGCUUCCUACUUAUUUGUAGAGCACAUUUAUUGAUUCUUUUCGUUUUGGGCUGUGGCUUUGAUUUUAAAUAUGUAAAUUACGGGCCCGUUUUGAAACAGACUUGUGGUGCUGUGGAUGUCUCUUGUGUAUAGAAUUAAUGUCUAUAAUCGUUUCUGUAUCGGCCCAAUAGUCCAAUCAUCUACUGUCCAAUCGGCCCAAUAUACUAAUAUAGGAUAUAAUAGGAUUCGAUUAAAGUCAAAUAUGUUUUUCACAGCUCUUAUUUAUUUAGGAC